AUGCCUCCUCCCCCCCCAAUUUUUCUCCGACCACCACAUACGUAUCCCAAACUUCUGAACUUCUCCUCUAUAACUCUCCCCUGUCUCUCCGCGUUCAUCUCCAGACACGUGCCUCCGCCUAAUCGGCAGCGGCUACUCGUACACCACUGCCCGCUUCCAGGGGAUUCCCCCUUCCCAACCCACCCCCUCACCUCGCCCUUAACCCCCCCUCAUCUCCCAGCCUCGCGCAUCACCAUCCCCCCACAGGCGACCCAUCCCCCCAUACUUUCGCCCGCUGGUACGCACGUCGACCACCUCCACUUCUUACAAGCGCACUCCCCACUCCUCCGCACCUCUUUAUCAGCACCGGCACCGCACACCCUCCUCGGCCUAAGUCCGCGCCUUCCUUACCUCACACUCAACUUCAACCUCACCGCCCCCGAACUUACCUCACUUAUAACCGAAAGCUUACCGCCAUAA